CAGAAGGUGGUCGCGGUUCCGUGGCUAACACAUGCUUAUGGCGAAGAGGAAAAGAAAGCGACGCUGGUGGGCUUAAAUAGGUUAUUGUUAGGUAGUGCAGCAUAUUAAUAGAAGUAGCGUUUGUUGGUUGCAGAUGAAUACAAAAGUAUUUAAAAUGCCAGCAAUGAAGGACUCAAAUAUUGUUAAGAUUGCCGUUGAAAUGGCGCAGCAAGUUCCGCAACUAAUAGAAUUUAAUCAAAAACAACCUCUAGCUGCUAUAAUUCAGGAACUCUGCAAUGGGUGGGGUUUGUCGGAUCCAGAUCAGUAUGCCUUGCAGUUUUCUGAAAACAAUAAUCAGAACUAUAUCACGGAAAAGAACAGGAAUGAAAUAAAAAAUGGUUCGGUUUUAAGACUGACGCAUUCACCUUCAACAACUGCCCAUGAUAUACUCCAAAAAUUAAAUACAGGAACAAAUGAAGAAAAGUUACAUGCCCUUCAGAAGUUAUCGAAAUUGAGUACCGAUAUGACAUUUGCUCUUGAAUUCAUAAAUAAACAAGGAUUGGCAUUGAUAAUAAGUAUUGUUGAAGGUGGAAAAUGUAAAGGCAACAUGCUUGCCUAUUCAUUAAUUUCGUUUGUUGAACUUAUGGACCAUGGUAUUGUAUCGUGGGAUAUUUUGGAAAGCCCAUUCAUCAAUAAAGUAGCAAGUUAUGUGAACAAUCAGUCAGUAACUCAGGAUGCUAAAGUUGUACAAGCUUCACUGUCUAUUUUAGAAAACAUUGUUUUGAAUAGCUCUGGAAAGUAUGGGCAGGUGGAAAAGGAAGUAACAUUUCCAAAUCUUGUAAUGCACCUUCAGAGUCAAAAUCCGGUUAUUCAGCAGAAUGCUAUUGCGCUGAUCAAUGCAUUAUUCCUGAAAGCUGACAACUCCAAGAGGAAAGCCAUUGCCGCCACGCUAUCAUCCAAACAGGUCCGGAAUGUAAUACUCACCAAUGUUAUUCAGUCUGCAUCAGGACAGGUUGGUGCGGAGAUGGCCCAUCAGCUUUACGUGCUGCAGACGUUGACAUUAGGUCUUUUGGAACAGAGAAUGAACAGUAAGAUGGAUCCACAGGACCAGGAUGCACAUGAUAAGAUAAAGGAACUGCGGCGGAUUGCAUUUGACACAGAUGGUACCGGUGUUCCCGGAGACAUCGCGGCUCGGAAACAACUCGGUGUGUUUGCCAAGGAUUACAAGAAGCUUGGCUUCAAAUAUGACAUUAAUCCAGCACUGGACUUCACUGAGACCCCACCAGGAAUGUUGGCGCUGGACUGUAUGGUUUACUUUGCUCGAAACCAUACUGAGAACUACACAAAGGUUGUAUUAGAAAACUCCUGUAGGGCUGAUGAACAUGAAUGCCCCUUCGGUCGAACAAGUGUUGAGUUAGUGAAAUUGCUGUGUGAGGUUCUUCGUAUUGGUGAGGCACCUAGUGAACAGGGCCAGAAUUACCAUCCCAUGUUCUUUACACAUGAUCAUCCAUUUGAGGAAUUCUUUUGUAUCUGCAUAAUUCUUCUGAACAAAACAUGGAAGGAAAUGAGAGCCACAACUGAGGAUUUUGUGAAGGUGUUCAGUGUAGUUCGAGAGCAGAUUACAAGAGCCCUAGUGUCCCAGCCGACUAGCCUGGAUAAGUUCCGAGCGAAGCUUCAGGUUUUAACAUACUCAGAAAUCACAAACCUGUGGCAACAAGAACGAACCAGCAGAGAGGAGUGGGAAUCUCAUGCAAGGCCAAUCGUUGAGCUAAAGGAACAGAUUACGCCCGAGAUCAUGGAGCUCAUACAGCAGCAGAGGCUUGGGUUUCUGGUCGAAGGGACAAGGUUCACAAAGUACUCAAUGAGGGGACAGAGAAUUAAGGACAAGUUCUGGUAUGUCCGUCUGUCACCUAACCAUAAAGUUUUCCACUAUGGUGACUGUGAUGAGAAAAGUGUACCAACUUUGGAGGAACUUCCUAACAAAUUGGCGGUAGUGGAUAUAAAAGCUCUGAUUACUGGGAAAGAAUGUCCUCACAUGAAAGAUGUUAGGGGCAGGAAGACCACCCACCAGCUUGCCUUUUCCCUCACACUCGACUCUGUAGAAGUGACAUCACUUGAUUUUGUGGCUCCAGAUGAGCAGGUGUUUGAUUACUGGACUGAUGGAAUCAAUGCUCUUCUGGGAAACAAGAUGCUGAGUAAAGAGACGGAGAAUGAUCUGGAGACACUGCUGUCAAUGGAUAUUAAACUACGUCUCCUGGAUGCAGAGGGUGUUGACAUCCCACAGGAUCCUCCAGCAAUACCUUCAGAUCCUCCAAACUAUGAUUUCUGCUAUGAACUCAAGUAAAUGCUGAGCAAUGCAUCAUACUCAUCACCAUAUUUCAUUUCAUAAUUUGUGCUGUCACAUACAUAGUAAAUGGAAACUCUUUUCAGGAUUACUUAGUUUUUGGAUUUUGUCCAUUGCCCCAUAUUCUAGAAACUAUAGAUUACAUAAUGUUUUUGAAACUGGCUCUGUUACUGUCCUCAGGUAAGUGAGGAGACACCUGCUCUGUUGAGUUCCUUAGAAAGAGCUAACCUAGGUUCUAGAAUACCAGGCAAUGGACAAAUUCCAAAAACACAGUAAUUCUCUAAUAUCAUACACCAUCGUCAGAACCCUUUAGAACCAAACUUUUUUCUCAGUGUGAAAGUAGAAAAAGAAAAUUUCUGUAUAUGAGGGUUGUUUGUGGAGCAUGCAGUAGCAUGGUUGGUUGAGGCACUAUGCUACAACCCAGAAGGUUGCAGGAUUGAAUCCUGAUGA